AUGUCUCACUCAGUGAAGCCAAGCUCGUCGUCGGUGUCUGGUGGAGGAAAUUGGAGAAGACGUCGUGGAGCAAAAGAGAGAGGAAUACCGAAAUUUUGUCGGUGUGGAGAAGAGGCCAUGAUUCAAACAUCAGGAACAGCUAAAAACCCUGGGAGGCUCUUCUAUUGUUGUCCACAUGGAUCUGAAGGGGAUAAAUUCCAUCUUUUUACAUGGACUGAUGAAUGUGUGGUGGAAGAAAUUGAAGAUUUAAAAAGUAUGAUGAGUGAUGUAAAAAGAGAAAAGUCGGACUUGAGAGUUGAAGUUGUUGAAUUGCAGAAGGAGCUUGAACAGAUUAAGCUAUCUCUCGAGAGAGACAGGAAUGGUUAUUGUUGUUUUUUGUAA